AUGGAUUCCAAGAUCUUGUUAUCGCUCCUCGUCCUCAUCGUAGCACGUGAAAAUAGUUGUUGCGGCCAAAAUUUUACCGAAAAAAUGUUUGAUGUGACUAGCUACGGCGCGUGCCCAGAAGGAAAAAAUAAUAGCGUGCCAGCUUUCCUCAAAGCAUGGAGCGAAGCAUGUUCAACAGAUUGUGGAUUGCUCGGACGGGCGAAAGUGUUGAUACCGGAAGGAACAUUCUUGAUCGGCCCGGUCAGUUUUCAAGGGCUUUGCAAGAGUGCAAUGGUGGUGGAAGUGAAUGGUGUGAUUCUUGCUCCGACGGAUCUACAGGUUUUUCGCAAGGAAUGGAUUGCUUUCAGGCGCGUCAAUGGCUUGCUGAUCACUGGGAGCGGAAAGAUUAAUGGUCAGGGUGCUACUGCAUGGCAGAAGAAGAAGAAGGGCAGCAGACUCCCACCGUAUGCCUGCAUCACAUCAAGCCGCUUCCGCACGUCGCAUCGCGCCGUCGCGUCUGUCUGUGUGCUAUGCCGCUGCUUGCGCUUCUUUGCUGCCUUCGAGCCGUUGUCGCUAUCGCGCCUCGCCACUGCUCGUGAUGCCGCAUCGCAUCGCUUGCCGCUGUCGCUUUUGUCGCCGUUGUUGCUCGCAAGAGUUAUGUGA